AUGCAUAUCCUCAUAGUAAAUGACGACGGACCCCCCUCAACCCAAUCCUCACCCUACGUCCACUCCCUCGUCCAAUCACUCCAAGAAUCAGGCCAUCUCGUGUCCGUCGUCCUUCCCCACACCCAACGCUCAUGGAUUGGCAAAGCCCACAUGAUCGGCCAGACCGUCAAGCCAACCUACUUCCGCCCCGGCACGCUUCACCAAGACGACGGCACCACACACUCCCGCCCUCUACCGGCUGGCUCGAAAGAACAAGAGGAAUGGGUGCUGGUGGAUGGUACGCCCGCGAGUUGUGUGCAGAUAGGACUAUAUCAUUAUUUCCAUGACCGCGGCCCAAUCGACCUGGUUGUCAGUGGCCCGAAUUAUGGACGUAAUUCUACGGCGGUGUUUAGUCUGAGUAGUGGGACGUUGGGAGGUGCGUUGGAGGCUGCUGUUUGUAAGAGGAGAGCUAUUGCUCUCAGCUAUGCCUUCUUCAGUAAGGAAAGGCCAGGACUCCCCGAUUCAGCAAGGGAUCCGGAGAUUAUUGCUGCAGCGUCGAAGCUGUCGGUGCGGUUGAUUGAGCAUCUGUAUAAAGGUUGGGGAGAGGAUGUGGAUCUAUAUUCGAUUAAUGUGCCAUUGGUGGCAGGGGUGGAUAGUAGGAAGGUUAUGUGGACGAAUAUGCUGCAGAAUUAUUGGGGGGAGGGGAGCUGUUUCAAGGAGGUUGAGGAUGAUGAGGGGACGGCUGAUGAGGAGGAGCAGAUGAUUAGGGAAAGAGAAGAAGGGUCGGGGACUCCUGAAGAAAAUGUUACACGGCAUACACACAAACACUUCAAAUGGGCGCCAAGGUUUACGGAUGUGUAUAAGUCGGUUGAGCAAGCUGGUCCUGGGAAUGAUGGUUGGGCAGUGAAAGAGCAUUACACAAGUGUUACUCCAUUAAAAGCGAAUUUUAUGCAUGCAGCGGCGCAAACAGAGGGAGAGCUGAAGCUGCCAUCAUCUCAAUCCACAUCCACAAGCACACUAGGAAUGGAGAACCUCUCUUUGACCACCAGACCAGCAAAUCACUUUUACGCCCUCAUCAACUAUGAAGAUGAAUACGUACAACCCUUGAUUCUCUCAACCCUCAAAUCCCGCUUCCCAGAGGAUUCCUAUACCCUGAUAUCGAAUAUCGAAGACCUACCAUCCCCCACAACUCCAUUUCUCCAAAUCAGUUCCUACGAAACCCUGCCCUUCACACAAGCCAUGUCCUACCCAACCAGUACUCUCAUCAACGCCUAUGUUAUCCGCAAAGCCUUAAUCCGCAAACACUACCUAAGCACCACAGCUUACAAUUGGAUCGCCAAACACCCCGGCAGCAUCUUAAAGACAAACAUCAAGCCAGCCUGCGAUUUCGAGCUCGAUUACGCCGAGUUCCUCGAUGAGGCUCUGGUAGAAGCAUGGGAAUUACAAGAGAGCUUUACGAAGAACGAAGGCAAAGAGCCAGCGGAAAGAGAAUGGUGGAUCUUGAAACCAGGAAUGAGUGAUCGCGGGCAAGGCAUCCGACUCUUCAGCACCGAGGCCGAGCUCCAAGGCAUCUUUGAAGAGUGGGAAGCUGAACGGCCUGAUUCUGAUGACGAUGAAGAGCAAGAAGAAGAAGAGGAGGAAACAAGGGAAGAUGGGGAAGGGAAGGGGAAAGGAGGGGAUUACAUAGUAACAUCCCACCUCCGCCACUUCAUCGCACAACCCUACAUCCACCCACCGCUCCUCGCAGCUUCCUCGGCCGCGAAAUUCCACAUCCGGACCUACGUGCUCGCCUCCGGCUCCCUCUCCAUCCACGUCUACAAGCCCAUGCUCGCGCUCUUCGCCUCCACUCCCUACACAGCCCCCUGGACCUCGUCCGACCUCUCCGCACACCUAACAAACACAUGUCUGCAAUCCCCCUCUGCCUACCCUCCCGUAAAAGCCUUCUGGUCUCUCGAUCUACAACAGGAGAUCAAGGACAAUGUGUGGAGUCAGAUAUGUGAGACUACCGGUGAGGUGUUCGAGGCGGCUGCUAAGGGCAUGAUGGUGCAUUUCCAGACGCUGCCGAAUGCGUUUGAGGUCUUUGGCGUGGAUUUCCUAGUCGAUGAGCGGGGCACGGCGUGGUUGUUGGAAAUCAAUGCGUUUCCGGAUUUUAGGCAGACUGGGGAUGAGCUCAGGGGCGUUGUGGCGGGGCUUUGGGAUUGUGUUGUGGGGAGGGUUGUGGGGGAGUUCUUUGGGGUUGGGGAGGAGAAUGGGGUGGGGGAACAUGGAGAUGGGGAUCUGGUGUGUGUUAGGAAGGUGGAGUUGGGGAGGAAGUCGUAG